AUGGAUCCCUUCCAACGACUUCCGGUCGAGCUCAUGCUUCAGAUUCUUGAGGAUACGGCUGACUUUGUGGGCGUGGAAAGCUUGACGUCGGUAUCCAGACCAGCCAGGGCAGCCUUCCAUAUGGGCUCUUGGGCAAUAAUGCAUGUUAUUUCAGCAUUGAACCCUAUAGCUUCGCAAUCCGAAGUGAGAGUGCUGAUUUCCAACAUUGUUGUCGUCCAUGAACGAUUGCAUAAGACCACUCUUGUAACCGUGGAGCUUGAAGCUCCACAACGAGCUUGGAGACAAGAAAUCGCCUGUUCUAUUCUUCACAUCGGUGCUCAGAUCCAACGGCUAGCCUGUGCCUGUCUUUCAAUGCUGCGACAAGAAUUCGCGUCUGCCGUGGGAGCCUCGCCUCUACAUGCGCAACGAGCGAACGAGCCAUUUUCGUGGAUAGAGGAAUAUCGCAUUUAUUGGGCACUGUGGCAUCUUCAAUAUUACUCGGAUGUUCGCAGAUUCAAGGAAGAACAAUUUUCAUUGUGGGAAAGCACCGAAGGCUCUAAGAGUCAUUUUGCCCGGGACAUUGAUGUAUAUCCGACACCAGAUGGUGUCUUCGACUUCUUAAAGGAGGCAAUCUGGGCGGUUGCUAUUACCAUCGAGGACUUGCAAGCUUGCUCCCCUUCAGAAUUCCCUCAAAGAGUGCUACGCCUGGAGCAUAUAUCCAUUCCCCCGUGGAAUAACGAAAUUGAUACGCCAUUCAUCCCUUCAUUCAAACUUCCCAGAAGUACCGAAACUCAAUAUCCAAUCUGGAGUCCACCACCAGUACCUACCAAAAACCUGGUUACGAGUCGUUGGUUUUUACUUCCAGAUCAUUGCAAACAACUUCCAGGACAAAUGCCUUUAUUUCGAUUCCUUCGCUUACAACUUCUGCGAAGAGGUCCCAACAAGCGGGGAAUGGAUGAUAUUCUGCGCUAUCGACGAUGUGGCGUCCUUCUAUGGGAUAAAUGGCGGAUGUUUUCCACUGGCUUGUACCCAAACAGUUUUCGAGAGAGAGUGCCAUCCCCAGACGGAGGUUUUGUCGACCCGGGUGGGGCCGAGGCCCGUCAGUUCUCAAGCUGUCUAGAUAAGUGGAUGGAAGUAGGAAAUGCGAAGCAAUGGCUAGCUUGA